UAAAAAAAAUGAAAAAAUAAUAGUGGUACCUUUUUUGCUCUUAUAAAGUCUAUUCUGGUUGACGCUUCUCACUCCCAUCUCGCGUUGCUGCAAAGCGAUACCAUCUUUCGUUCAUCUCUCUCUCCAAAGGGAUCCGCAGGCUGAAGGAGAAAUGGGGCUGACGUUCACGAAGCUUUUCAGUCGGCUUUUCGCGAAGAAGGAAAUGCGAAUUCUGAUGGUUGGUCUUGAUGCUGCUGGUAAGACCACUAUCCUCUACAAGCUCAAGCUUGGAGAGAUCGUUACCACAAUUCCUACCAUUGGGUUCAAUGUUGAGACUGUGGAGUACAAGAACAUUAGCUUCACUGUUUGGGAUGUCGGUGGCCAGGACAAGAUUCGUCCUUUGUGGAGGCACUACUUCCAGAACACUCAGGGUCUUAUUUUUGUUGUAGAUAGCAAUGAUAGGGACAGAGUUGUUGAGGCCAGAGAUGAGUUACAUAGGAUGUUGAAUGAGGAUGAACUGAGAGAUGCAGUAUUGCUUGUGUUUGCCAAUAAGCAAGAUCUUCCUAAUGCAAUGAAUGCGGCUGAGAUUACUGAUAAGUUGGGUCUCCACUCUCUCAGACAGCGCCACUGGUACAUUCAGAGCACCUGUGCAACCUCCGGAGAAGGCCUUUAUGAAGGUUUGGACUGGCUUUCCAACAACAUUGCCAAUAAGGCUUAAAGCCUUUGGGAGUCUUGCGGAUUGGUAAUUCUGGAUGCAGGGGUGAACAUUAUCUAGCUUUUAUUUCUUGGUCCUCUUCCGAGACGACUCAAAUUUGUGUUCGUGUAAUGUGGUUUAGGACAUCUUGGUGGCUAAAAUUGUAGUAGGACUUUGUUUCUUGGGGUGUGUAAUACUGAGCUUCCUAUUGGGUUUAUGGAUGCAAUGUCCAUAACUGUAAUGGAGAUACUAAUUCAAUGUGCCACCAGGUUCUGAUUUAUAGUUUUAUUUUGGUCAUGUAUCUUUCAUAUAUUGAGUAUUGAAUGGGGAUUUUGUUUAUUGUUUUGUAAGAUACCCGUAAAAAAAAACUAUAUUCACUUUCAUACUUCUAAA